AUGGAAAACCUUGAACAAAUCAACAAGCUUGAUGGCGGUCUUCGCCACCUUCGACUUCGUGAUGCUGACGAAUUGGUCAAGUAUGCAAUCCCUAGCGAAACUGUUCCUCGCCCCGGCUUCAACACUACCGGAAAAGAAAUCGAAGUCAAUGUGAACGCCUUUUCCAUUUUGAAGUUCCCCAGUCGAACCGUUCAUCAGUACGAUGUCCACAUCGGAAACGGUGUCGAAAAGAAUGCCGUCAUCAAGAAGGUUUGGGCGUCCAGCGCUAGAAAGGCUGCUCUGAAGCAGAUCAUUUUUGAUGGCUCCAAGCUGGCUUGGUCCAUGAACGAAUACCCGAAUGGUCUGAACGUCAUGGUCGACCUGGAUGCAGAGCAGGGCCGCACCAGUGGCAGAGCUUCCAACACUUUUCGCCUUGUGGUUAGAAAGACCCGGACUGUCAACCUGGCUGUCCUCAAUUCCUGGCUUCGCGGCCAAACUUCUAUGCAGGAGUCGGUCUUGGAGGCUCUCAACUUCCUUGAUCACGUCCUUCGCGAAUACCCAAGCGGUAAAUUCCUUGCGCUUCGGAGAUCUUUUUUCGAUCCGGAGGGAGAGAACAAAGACCUGGGCAAUGGUGUUCUUGCCUUCAAGGGCGUUUACCAGGCCAUUCGUCCUGCUAUAGGCCGUGGUCUUGUUGUCAAUGUCGAUGUAUCAAACACCUGCUUCUGGGCCCGCACCUCCUUUAUGGGGGCUGCUAUGGCGAUUCUCGACUGCCGUGACCACCAGCAUCUUAUGCACCUUUUGAAGCCCAUCCCCGAUGGCCACGGUGGAACUACCGAGUCCACCUCCUUUUAUGAAGUUCAUCGUCGCUUGAGGAAGCUUGGUGUUCAACCCCACUACCGGGGUUGUCCUGUUCUCGGAACUGACUUCAUUGUCAAGGGCUUGAUUAAUGGCAAUGCCCGCGUUUAUACCAUUGAAAUCAAGGAUAAGGCCACUGGCAAAACGGAGAAGAUCAGUGUUGAGACCUACUUCAAGAGGAAGUACAAUCUUACUCUUACCUACUGGGAGCUCCCCAUGGUCGAGAUGACAAAGAAAGGCGUUGUCUACCCGAUGGAAGUUCUGACCAUCCAUGGACUUCACAAGUACCCAUGGAAGCUCAACGAAUACCAGACCUCUGCUAUGAUCAAGUAUGCAGCUUCUCGUCCUGCAGAUCGCCUCAAUUCGAUUCACAAGUCGAAGAAAAUGCUGGAUCACGACAAUGAUCCUAUUCUCAAGAGCUUCGGUCUUCAGAUCGACAAUAACAUGAUUCGAACCAAGGCUCGCCUCCUUCCAAACCCGGAAAUUCAGUUUGGCGGUAAUGCACGCACUAAUCCUGGUACCAACGGCCGCUGGGAUCUUCGCGGAAAGAAGUUCUACCAGCCCAACAAGAAGCCGCUUGAGUCCUGGGGUGUCGGUUAUUUCCCAGGCAAGCGCAACUCCGUCAAUCGUACCCAAGUUGAGAGCUUUUGCGAUAGCUUCAUGAAGGGUUAUGCUGGACAUGGCGGCAAUGUUGCGAAGCGGCCCCUUAUCGUUGAACUCAAGGAGGAUGUUGGUGACGCAGUCAAACGGCUGUACAACUCGACCGGGGUCAAGUUCCAGAAGGAUCCCCAGAUUCUUCUGUUCAUCGUUCCAGACAAGAACUCGUUCACUUACUUGCGAAUCAAGAAGUCGUGCGAUUGCCGAUGGGGUGUUCCGUCUCAAGUCAUGCAGGCUGGCCAUGUUGUCAAGAACAAUCCCCAGUACAUUUCGAACGUCCUCAUGAAGGUCAACGCAAAGCUUGGCGGUACUACUGCUCGCGCUGUUCCCAAGGUAUCCCAGGCACAGCUUAGGCCACGCUCAAUGAUAAUUGGUGCGGACGUGACUCACGCGACUCUUGGUGUCUGGUCACCAUCUAUGGCGGCAAUGUCUGUCUGUAUGGACUCGUUUGGUGGACGUUACUGGGGCGCUUGUGAGGCAAAUGGAGACCGCAUCGAAAUAAUUGCCCGUGCCAACAUUGAGAUCAUGCUAACUCCUUUGGUCCGCGAAUGGAUGUCGACUGUUGGAGAAGGCCGUGCUCCUGAUCAUGUUUACUACUUCCGCGAUGGUGUUUCUACCGGCCAGUUCGAACAAGUCCUCCAGCAGGAAGUUUUUGAUAUGAAGUCCAUCUUCAUGAAGCUUACCCAAGAUCAGUGGAAGGGCAAGUUUACGGUUGUUAUCGCAAACAAGCGUCACCACCUUCGCGCCUUUCCUAAACCUGGUGACCGCAACUCUGCGGACCGCAAUGGAAACCCUCUCCCGGGUACGCUCAUCGAGAAGGAUGUAACCAGCCCCCAUGACUGGGACUUCCUUCUCUAUUCGCACAUUGCUCUUCAAGGCACCUCUCGCCCGGUGCAUUAUCAUGUUAUCCUCGACCAGAUCAAGCACCAGCCGCAUGAGCUGGAGAACAUGAUCUAUGAUCACUGUUACCAGUAUAUGCGCUCGACUACUUCUGUCUCGUUGUUCCCGGCAGUUUACUACGCCCACUUGGCGGCUGCCCGUGCUCGUCACCAUGAAGACGUGCCCGCCAGUUCCGGCCCUCAGAGCGGUCCAGAGGUCAAAUUGACCAACCCCAAGCCCAAGAACCGCCCCGUCGACCCGAGACUUUUGCCUAUCCACGGAACCUCGAACAGACUUCCUUUCGGCAUGUGGUUCAUCUAGGUGGGACCAGCUUGACUGUACCUUCAGAUGUCUUACGACUCUUUCCUGGCCAUGUCUGGCACAUUGGUCGGCAGCCUUGGUUUCUUUUCUUUUCUUUUCUUGAUUUUUGCUCUUCUUGAUUUUCCCACUCUCAUCUCUUCCACUGAACAAAAACCAUUAAAAAAAAAAUCAAUCAUUUUGUUUCUUUUCUAACUCCAAGUUCACCUGGUUUGGAAUGUUUCGGGUCUGCGAUAGCUCAAUUGAUUGGGACCGACUGGAUUCUCACGAGACUAAUUAGACCCUAACGAUGGCUGUUGCGGACUAGAAUAUCCAAUUGUGAGUGACUUGGGGGGCAGUUAUUUAGCUAGCAAUUUCAACAAAAUUCGUU